AUGAGAAACCUCAAUGCUUCUUUUCUCGGCGUGGCCAUCCCACGUGCGCUAUCAGCAAUGUGUCUUGGGCUCAUCAACGUCCUGUGGGGGUUCAUAGUAGUGCUGAGUGUGCACGGUCAGGUAACGAAUAAUCUACCACCGUGUGCCACGAAUUGCACAACGACAGCAGCUGAAGCUGCAGGCUGUUCACUGACGGACGUCAACUGUUUAUGCCGAUCUGAGGGCUUUUUGUCGGCGGCUCAGCGGUGCGCGUUCCAGGCGUGUUCUGGCAAUGAUCAGGCCACGGCAGCGGUGGCUUUCGCAAGGCUUUGCAGCAAUGUUCCGCCCAUCUCUGUGUCGUCUGUGUCCGUUACGCCGAUCCCAUCAUCCUCACCCGCACCGACGUUUACCACGUUGCCGACAUCCUCGUCGCCUGCGGUCACUACAAUCGUCACUACGCUUUCUCAGCCAUUGACAACGGUGACUCUUGUCUCCACUCUGCCUUCCCAAAGCGCGCCAGCCAGCAGUGACGUACCCUCCACGUCGACAACGGAAAUCACUACCACUCUGCCUACCCCCACUUCUCCGUUGACGUCCCUUUCCUCGACGACGCCUCAGAGAACGACUACGACUCUUGUGGUGGUGACGGCGAGCCCGACUCCGGAUGCCCCAACCACUGGCAACAAUUCCGCGAGGUCCCAGGACCAAUAUGUCGUGUUCACCUCAUGCUUCCCCUUGCUCCUUUUUGUAUGGCUUUUCUCCUGA